CCCCUGCCAGCCCGCCUGCCGGUGGCUGUGGCGACCGCGGCGGCGGCUUUGGCGGCUCCACUAUGGCGGCGGCGGGGAGGGGGGGCAGUAGUUUUAAAGUAGACACCCGCCCUUGCCUCAGAGAAGACAUGACUUGGAAUGAACAGGAAAUGACUGAACUUUUUACAGAUAACUUUUGUAAUGUAUGUGGAGUGGUGCUACAGUUUGAAUCCCAAAGGAUUUCACAUUAUGAGAGUGAGAAACAUACUCAAAAUGUUAGGUUUUAUUCUCAAAUUCAUGGGGAACAAAAUGAAGUGCCUGGUAAGAAAAUGAAGAUGGAUGUUAAGAAUUUUAAGGUGCAUAAGACUGAUGUAGUGGACAGAAACAAAUUUUGUGAUCUCUGCAACAUGAUCUUUAGCUCUCCGGUUGUUGCUCAGUCUCACUAUGUGGGAAAAGUCCAUGCAAAAAAAUUGAAGCAGUUAAUGGAGGAGUAUGAUCAGGUAUCUCCAUCAGGAUUUCAGCCAGAGUUGGCAGGUGUGCCGAUUACAACUUCUGCAGAAUCAACUUUUCUGAAGCCUCUUGCUGUCAAGCCUUCUCCAGCAUUUAGUAUGAGGACCUACGUUUGCCAUAUUUGUAAUAUCACCUUUACAUCUUUAGAAAUGUUUCGGUCCCACAUGCAAGGAAGUGAACACCAAAUUAAAGAGUCUAUUGUUAUCAACCUAGUGAAGAAUUCAAAGAAGACACAAGACUCUUACCAAGAUGAAUGUGCAGAUUACAUCAAAAUGCAGAAAUCCAGAGGACCAGAACCCAAGACCUGUUUCAGAAAGAUGGAAGAGGGUUAUUUAGAAGCCCGUUGGUAUAAGGAAGUAGAUGAUUCUAGAUCCAGACAUAGAAUAUUUAAACAGAGACUCCCAUGUGAGACUUUCUGGACAUACCCAGGAUCAUACAAUAUUUCACAAGCAGCAGAAAACCAUUUACCUCAUUGUUUACCAGCUCAUUCAAAGAAGACAUAUGACUCUUUCCAAGAUGAACUGGAAGAUUACAUCAAAGUUCAGAAAGCCAGAGGACUAGACCCAAAGAUUUGUUUCAGAAAGAUAAGAGAGAACCCUAUGGAGACCCAUGGGUACAGAGAAGUUGACUCAGGACCCAGACAAAGAAUGUUUGAGCAAAGAUUUUCACAUGAGACUUCCCAGACUUACCAACAACCGUACAAUAUUUCACCAGUGGAAAGCCAGUUACAUUAUUGGUUACCCGUUCAUUCAAACAGGACUUAUGAUUCUUUCCAAGAUGAGCUAGAAGAUUACAUCAAAGUGCAGAAAGCCAGAGGACUAGAACCAAAGACUUGUUUCAGAAAUAUUAGUGAUAGCUCUAUAAAAACCCAUAAUAACAAAGAAAAGGUUGAUUCCAGACACAAACAUAGAUUGUUUGAGCAAACAGUCCCAUAUGAGACUUCCCAGACUUAUACAGGAUCAUACAGUAUUUCCCAAGUAGUGGAACACCAGUUACAUCAUUGCUUACCAGGUCAUGAUAGCAUACAGAGACUAGACUCUAUAUACUCCUGUCAACCCAUCAGAGACUGUUUUCCAGAAAAGCCAGUACCCCUGAGCCUUAGUCAGCAAGAAAAUAACUCUGACUCGUACAGUGUAGAAUCUGAAGUUUAUAAGCACCUCUCAGAAAACAGUACCAGUGACCAUAAAACAGGUCAUAAACGGAGACAUCAGAAGAGAAGAAGGCACCUGGAAGAAGGUGAAGAAAGGUCAGAGAAAGAGCAGUCAAAGCAUAAGAGGAGAAAGAGUUAUGGGGAUAAAAAUCUAGACAAGGACAAGAGCAUCCGACAAAGGAAAAGAAAGGGAGAUAAAGUCAGUGUCAGUUCAGGAAAGCUUAAGCAUCGAAAAAAGAAAAAAAGCCAUGGUGUUCUCACUGAGAAAGAAGAACGUAAGCAUAAGAAAGGGAAAAAGAAAUCUGUUGAAGAAAAGACAGAAGAGGAAAUGCUUUGGGAUGAAUCUAUUCUUGGAUUUUGAACUUUUACUUUUCUUUAUCCAAGGAUGAAUUGAAGAAAUCAGUUAUGGAUUUAGACAAAGACAGGGACAUCCAGUGAAGAAAAAGAGCCAUGGAUAUAGUCAGUGUCAGUUCAGGAAAGCUUAGUUUUUAUGUUUAUAAUUUGAAAUUUAAUUGAAAGAAGAAACAAACAAGCUUAAACUUACUCUCUGAGAAAGAACAUAAGAAUAUAAGAACACAAGAAAAUCAGAGAAAAAGAAGCCUGUUGAAGAAGAGACAGUCAAUGUUUUGGGAUGAGUCCGUUUUAGGAAUUUGAACAUUUCAUUUUGUUUACCCAAGAAUAAAUUGAAGAAAUCAGUUUAGAAAGUGGAUUUAGAUGAAAACAAGAACAGCCAGUGGAAAAAAGCAUGGGUGGACAUGAUCAUUGGCAAUUCAGGAAAGCUGAGUCUUUGGGGGUGUAAAAUUGAAAUUGAAUUGAAAGAAGAACCAUAAAGCUAGCCUCUGAGAAAGAAGAACAUAAGAACACAACAAAAAGAGAAAAGAAAAGGAAACCUGUUGAAGAAAGACAGUGCUUUGGGUGGAGCCUACUCUUGGAUUUUGAACUUUUUAGUUUUGUUCCCUUAAGGUUUAAUUGAAGAAAUAAGUUGGAAAGUUUGGUUUCAUGAAAUUUAUGUUAUUUGAAUUUUCUUAAGUGAAGAGUUAAAUAUAACCUCUAACAAAAGCCAAGUGAAGUAAAGUAUUCAAUAAGUCUUUUCCUCAAGUUACUUUUUCUCAUUUUCUUAAAAAAAAAAAAAAAGAAAGAUUGCAUUUUAAUGUAACUUUGCUU